GUUCUCGCUCAUGUUCCUCAGAGCCGUUGCUAAGCGACAAGAUGGUUUCCGUUAAAAUUGAUUUCUCUCCAAACUUAAAUUUCAUCUUGGCGAUUGGUUAUGGAGAUGACCAGGGUGGCUGAAGGAUGCAAUCCCAAUCUAAAGAAUCUGGAUGGACAACUUCCAAGCCAAAUAGCCCAAAACAGUGGUCAUAAUAAUGCCCUGAAAGAGCUUAAGAAAGCAGAGGGAAGGCAUGUGAGAAAAAUGGACGGUGAACUUCCUGACUACAUGAUUGAGAUGUAUCAGCCAUUCACCGAUACAACACGUUUCAGCCAAAGGCGACCACCCAUCCACCCCAUUGAGGAUGACUCUGUCUGGUAUAUCGAUGAGCCUGAAAAGAAAUAUAUCAACAUUCAUUCUUGUGUGAGAGGUGGAGAUCAAGAAUCUCUUAGCCUGGCAUUCAUCAAAAAUGUGCCUGUUGAUGUCACAGAUGAAUUUUCUAAAACGCCUCUCAUGACAGCCUGCAGCAGUGGCAACUACCAAAUAGCUAAAUUCCUCAUAGAACUGGGAGCCAAUGUCAAAGCAGCUGACCAGUUUAACCAGACACCGCUCCACUAUGCUUGCCAUGAAGGACACGUAGAAAUUAUCCGCAUGUUGGUGGAAUCUGGAGCGACGGUGGAUUCAGUAUCAACGAUUGGCGAAACUCCGCUCAUGAGAGCUAUUACAAGCUGUAGAUUCAGCUGUGUGGAGUAUCUUAUCAGAUCUGGAGCCAAUGUAAUGGCACAAAACAAGCAAGAGCAAAAUUGUUUGGACAUUGCCAGAAAUUAUGGUUGUGGUAUAAUCAUUGACGUGAUCAGUGCCAAGUAUGACAGUCUUUCAAGAAUCAAAAACAAUAAGAAGGUUUCAAAACCAGCAUCUUCAAAACAAAAGAAGAUGAAUAUUCAAGUACCAGCAUCAUCAGUUUCAGCUGCGGCGAAACAGGGAGUGAAAAAGAACAUCAAUAAAAAGGUUUCAAAACCAGCGUUUUCGGAACAAAAGAAGCAGUUGAAUAUUCAAGUACCACCACCAUUAGUUUCAGCUGCAGCAAAACAGGACCUGAAAGACAACAUCGUAUUAAAGAACCCAAAGUUCACUAUGAGACAUGCAACCAAAAAAGACAUUAGCUUUGUCCCCAAAACCCUGUGGGGAAAGCGGCUCACCAAUACUUCACAACUCAUUUGA